UAUUUUUCUCCUACUUAUAUUCACGGUCUUGAAAGAUAUCUUAAUAUAAAACUAAUAUAUCUAUAUCUUCUAAGACCUUGCCUAUGUAUUAUAUAAAACGUAAAUUGGUUAGCCCGACCGCCGACUGUCGCGCUGAGGAUAUAAAAUAAAAUAUCAAUAAAGUGACAAGUGUUGAUUUUGUUUAGUGACUCUAUAUAAUAGUGUCAUACUGUUUUAUGUAUCUGUUUCCUAUGUGUAAUAUCUAGUUAGUAGUGAGUUAAUUUAAUUUCAUUAGUUGUUUAAAUGUUUAACAACUAUUGUUAUUACCUACCAUACAUAUUGGCUACUAGUUUUACUUCAGUGGAUUGUAGUCUGUCCUCUGUACUUUUAUAGUUCAACUGUACUACUGUCGAACCACUUCUGUGGUCAGUUGUCUAAAGUCUAUCAAUUUGGAAUUAUCCAUUCGCAAAAUAACGAACCACAAACUUUGUUCAGUUUUUGUUCUCCCAACUUGGUACGCUACACUAUAUGCAUACCAUAUUACUUCAAUCUUACGGUACCAUACUUGAUAGUUAAUACAUAAGCAGUCGGUGCCUUGUGAGUGUAGAUUAUUACAUUUUUGGCGACGAAAAUAGUAAAAUGCCCUGUUGUGCGCCUCUAUGUCCGUUUAAUGCUGUUAAAGUCAGUUCAUUUGGAGUGCCCAAAAACGAAACACUGAAGCUUAAGUGGGAAAAAGCUUUAGGUGUUAGUUUAAAACCACAUUCCAAAGUAUGCCGUAGACACUUUAGAAAAGAAGAUAUUACUGACACUUGGGAAUCUGGUGAAGGGUCUAGCAAAUACGUGAUAGAUUUAAAAAGACCAAAUCUUCGAAAAGGUGCUAUUCCUUACCGUUUUGCAUUGUCCGUACCCAAGGUACCAAUGAUUGAGGAUUCAAGGAGUAAUAAUAACAUAGAUACUGUAUCGCAGAAAGACAUUUCUUUGGUUUCUCAAUCCUCUAAAGUAUCAAAAGUUUUUACAGAUCAAGGUAAUUUGGGCAAUGACAAUAAAUCUGGAAGUGAUACAAUAAACGGAAGGAUUUGUACAAGUGUAUCUAAAAGAAUUGCAUCACCAUCAAAUUAUAUAAAUCCACCAAAAAGGAUUAAGAAAGAACAUUGGAUAUUUCAAGUAAUUUUAAACAACAAAAAUCAAGUUAUAUUUUCACAGUUAAGACAACACAAAAAUGAUUUCGCCAAGUGUACAGAUAAACCAUUAAUUUUAUCCAAUAUCUGAAACAUGAUGAACAAUGAAGAUCAAACAAUUUAAAUAAUUAAGAAGUUCAAGUUGAAAAAAAAUGAUUCAGAUCUUACUGGAUUUUUGAUUGUAUAUUAAAAUCACCUAAAUG